AUGGCUCACCAUAUUACAUUCCUUUGGAUAAUUUUGGUCCUGCUUCUUCAGAAUUCUGUAUUAGCUGAAGAUGGGGAAAUAAGAUCAAGUUGUCGUACUGCUCCAACAGAUUUAGUUUUCAUCUUGGAUGGCUCUUACAGUGUUGGCCCAGAAAACUUUGAAAUAGUGAAAAAGUGGCUUGUCAAUAUCACAAAAAACUUUGACAUAGGACCAAAGUUUAUUCAGGUUGGAGUGGUUCAGUAUAGUGACUACCCCGUCCUGGAGAUUCCCCUUGGGAGCCAUGAAUCAGGAGAGAAUUUGAUGGCAGCCAUGGAGUCCAUACACUACUUAGGAGGAAACACAAAGACCGGAAAGGCCAUCCAGUUUGCCCUUGAUUACCUUUUUGCCAAGUCUUCACGAUUGCUGACUAAGAUAGCAGUAGUCCUUACGGAUGGUAAAUCCCAAGAUGAAGUCAAGGAUGUGGCAGAAGCAGCAAGAGACAGUAAAAUAACAUUAUUUGCCAUUGGUGUUGGUUCAGAAACAGAAGAGGCAGAACUUAGAGCUAUUGCCAACAAGCCUUCAUCUACUUAUGUGUUUUAUGUGGAAGACUAUAUUGCAAUAUCCAAAAUAAGGGAGGUGAUGAAGCAGAAACUUUGUGAAGAAUCUGUCUGUCCAACACGAAUUCCAGUGGCAGCUCGUGAUGAGAAGGGGUUUGAUAUUCUUUUAGGCUUGGGUGUAAAGAAAAAGGCUAAGAAAAGAAUUCAGCUGUCACCAACAAAGAUAAAAGGAUAUGAAGUGACAUCAAAAGUUGAUUUAUCAGAACUCACAAGCAACGUUUUCCCAGAAGGUCUUCCUCCAUCAUAUGUAUUUGUCUCCACUCAGAGAUUUAAGGUCAAGAAAGUGUGGGAUUUAUGGAGAAUUUUAUCCAUUGACGGAAGGCCACAAAUAGCAGUUACCUUAAAUGGAGUGGAUAAAACUUUAUUAUUUACAACAACCAGCAUCAUUAAUGGCUCACAACUGGUCAACUUUGCUGACCCUCGAGUUAAGACAUUAUUUGAUGAAGGCUGGCAUCAAAUUCGUCUCUUAGUAACUGAACAAGAUGUAACUCUGUAUAUUGAUGAUCAACAAAUUGAAAACAAGCCCUUACAUCCAGUUUUAGGGAUGUUCAUCAGUGGGCAAACCCAAAUUGGAAAAUACACUGGGAAACAAGAAACCGUUCAGUUUGAUGUCCAAAAGUUACGAAUCUACUGUGACCCAGAGCAGAACAACCGGGAGACAGCAUGUGAGAUUCCUGGAUUUAACGGUGAGUGCUUCAAUGGUCCCAGUGAUGUUGGUUCAACGGCAGCUCCCUGUAUUUGUCCUCCAGGAAAACCAGGACUACAAGGUCCCAAAGGUGACCCUGGACAGCCUGGGAACCCUGGAUACCCUGGACAACCUGGUCAAGAUGGUAAGCCUGGAUAUCAGGGAAUGUCAGGAUCACCAGGUGUUCCAGGAUCCCCAGGAAUACAAGGAGCACGAGGACUACCAGGUUAUAAAGGAGAAUUGGGGAGAGAUGGAGAAAAGGGUGACCGUGGACUUCCUGGUUUUCCUGGGCUUCAUGGAAUGCCAGGAUCAAAGGGUGAAAUGGGUCCCAAAGGAGAUAAAGGAUCACCUGGAUUUUAUGGCAAAAAGGGUGCAAAAGGUGAAAAGGGGAAUGCUGGUUUUCCUGGCCUUCCUGGACGUGCUGGAGAACCAGGAAGACAUGGAAAGGAUGGAUUAAUGGGUAGCCCUGGUUACAAGGGAGAAGCAGGACCUCCAGGUGCUCCAGGGCAGGAUGGAUCACGGGGUGAGCCUGGAAUCCCAGGAUUUCCUGGAAACCAAGGAUUAAUGGGACAAAAAGGAGAAAUUGGGCCUCUAGGACCAGUAGGAAAAAAAGGAUCUCCGGGGAUACCUGGUUUGAUGGGAAGCGACGGCUCACCAGGUCAGCCUGGAACCCCAGGAUCUAAGGGAAAUAAAGGUGAACCUGGACUUCAAGGGCUGCCUGGGGCUUCUGGGCUCAAGGGAGAACCAGGAGCAGUGGGUCCACCAGGAGAACCAGGAUACCUGGGUUUACCUGGAAUUCAAGGGAAAAAGGGGGACAAAGGAAAUCAAGGUGAAAAGGGCAUUAAGGGUCAAAAGGGAGAGAAUGGAAGACCAGGGAUUCCAGGGCCACAGGGAAUUCAAGGCCAUCAUGGUACAAAAGGAGAGAGAGGUGAAAAGGGAGAACCUGGUGCCAGAGGUGCCACUGGACCCAAAGGAGAAUCUGGAGUGGAUGGUCUGAUGGGGCCUACGGGUCCCCAGGGGCAACCCGGGGAAGCAGGUCCUCAGGGACCCCCAGGACUGGAUGGGAAGCCCGGGAGAGAAUUUUCAGAACAGUUUAUUCGACAAGUUUGCACUGAUGUAUUAAGAGCCCAGCUACCUGUCUUACUUCAAAGUGGAAGAAUUCAGAGUUGUGAUCACUGCCAGUCCCAGCAUGGCUCCCCUGGUAUUCCUGGGCCACCUGGUCCCAUGGGCCCAGAAGGUCCCCGAGGAUUCCCUGGUUUGCCAGGAAGAGAUGGUGUUCCUGGAUUAAUGGGAGCUCCGGGACGCCCAGGUGCCAAAGGAUUAAAAGGCCUACCAGGACGAAAUGGGGCAAAGGGGAGCCAAGGGCUUGGGUACCCUGGAAUACAAGGUCCUCCUGGUCCCCCAGGUCCAGAGGGCCCCCCUGGAAUAAGCAAAGAAGGUCCUUCAGGAGACCCAGGUCUCCCCGGCAAAGACGGAGACCACGGAAAACCUGGAAUCCAAGGGCAGCCAGGACCCCCGGGCAUCUGUGAUCCAUCGCUGUGUUUUAGUGUCAUUGUCAGAAGAGAUCCCUUUAGAAAAGGACCAAACUAUUAG